UAUUUCUGCUAUAUCUCCUACUUAUAUCCACACAAAUCUCUCUCCUCCUUUCUUCUCUAAAUUACACUUCUGCAACAAGAGACCCUUUGCUAAGCAGUUGUCCAGUCUCAAUCCCUCUCCAGGAAGAUGGCUGACCGGACAACUGACGAUAAUACAGUCUCCAGCCAACCCCAAAAAACCAUUGAAGACUUUGAUCCCCCACAGAAGCCCAAAAGAAACAAGUAUGCCUUUGCUUGUGCUAUUUUGGCCUCCAUGACUUCAAUCUUGCUGGGUUAUGAUAUUGGUGUGAUGAGUGGAGCUGCAAUCUACAUCAAAGACGACCUCAAAAUCUCCGACGUGGAAGUCGAGAUCCUCCUUGGUAUUCUCAACCUCUAUUCACUCAUAGGCUCCGCCGCCGCAGGCAGAACUUCAGAUUGGGUCGGCCGCCGGUACACCAUAGUCCUCGCCGGAGCCAUCUUCUUCGUCGGGGCUCUCCUCAUGGGAUUCGCCACCAACUACGCCUUCCUCAUGUUCGGCCGAUUUGUUGCCGGAGUCGGCGUCGGCUACGCCCUCAUGAUUGCUCCGGUGUACACCGCCGAGGUCUCUCCCGCGUCGUCACGUGGGUUCCUGACGUCCUUCCCAGAGGUAUUCAUCAAUUCUGGGAUAUUGUUGGGCUACGUCUCCAACUAUGCCUUCUCCAAGCUCCCAACACACUUGGGGUGGCGCCUCAUGCUCGGCGUCGGAGCAAUCCCUUCCAUCUUUCUCGCCGUUGGUGUCUUAGCCAUGCCGGAGUCACCUCGUUGGCUCGUCAUGCAGGGACGGCUCGGUGACGCGACUCGUGUCCUCGACAAAACCUCAGACUCCAAGGAAGAAUCUAUGCUACGCUUAGCCGACAUCAAAGAAGCCGCGGGAAUCCCCGAGCACUGCACCGACGACGUCGUUCAGGUCCCUAAACGCAGCCAAGGCCAAGAUGUCUGGAAAGAGCUGCUCCUCCAUCCAACGCCAGCCGUUCGUCAUAUUUUGAUCUGUGCCGUCGGUAUCCACUUCUUUCAACAAGCCUCGGGCAUAGACGCCGUUGUUUUGUACAGCCCCAGGAUCUUCGAGAAGGCGGGGAUCACCAACUCCGAUAAAAAGCUACUCUGCACCGUGGCCGUUGGAUUCGUUAAGACCGUUUUCAUCCUGGUCGCCACCUUUUUCGUCGACAAAGUCGGACGGCGUCCGUUGCUUCUUGCCAGCGUGGCGGGGAUGAUAUUGUCGUUGACGGGGCUCGGCCUAGGCCUUACGAUCAUUGAUCAGAACCACGAACGGAUCCUGUGGGCCGCCGUUUUGUGCCUGACCAUGGUUUUACUCUACGUCGCGUUCUUCUCGAUCGGGAUGGGCCCCAUUACGUGGGUUUACAGUUCCGAGAUCUUCCCGUUGAAGCUACGUGCUCAGGGGUGCAGUAUCGGUGUGGCGAUGAACAGGGUGGUGAGUGGGGUCCUUUCGAUGACUUUUAUUUCAUUGUAUGAUGCCAUCACGAUCGGUGGGGCCUUCUUUCUUUACGCGGCAAUCGCGUCGGUGGCGUGGGUCUUCUUUUUUACCAUGCUCCCCGAAACUCACGGCCGAACCCUAGAGGAUAUGGAGGUCUUGUUUGGCAAGUUCCACAAGUGGAGAAAAGCUAAUGCACUGCUCAAGCAGAAAAAGAAUGCCAGUCAUGGCGACGGUAACGCUAACAACGGUCAAGUACAAUUAGGAACAAGAGGGCAAGUUAAUUAGAUUAGUGAGUGAAUGUGAUCGAUCAUGUGGUGGAAUAUUCUACGUAAUGGCUAUAGCUCUUUGCCAAAAAAGUAUUGUAUGCAUCGAUUAUAUGUAACACGCACGAUAAAAGUAUGUUCCUCCUCUUACUCUGCUCCAAAGAAGGAGAGGGCAAUCGACCCCAUAAGAAAGAAGGAUUGUGUGCAAUAAGAAAACAUAGUUCAGAUGAAAUUCCAUGUGUAUUUUACAA